AUGCCUUCUAUUCUUCAUAAAGCCAAAGUUUUAUUGUGGGGAGAAACUCCCAAAGAUCCCAAAGAGGCCCGUCUCUUAUUAAAAAUGGAUUGGUUCAUCCUUUCGUUUGCGUGUUUGCUUUAUUGGGUCAAUUACUUGGAUCGAUUGAACUUGAGUAACGCAUAUGUGUCAGGAAUGAAGGAGGAAAUUGGAUUGGUGGGAAACCAAUUCAAUGUGAUCAAUACGAUGUUCACGGUUGGGUACGUGGUGGGGUUGAUCCCACACAAUUUAAUAUUAUUAAGAGUACGUCCUAGUAUUUGGUUAAGUGUCUGCGGAUUCUGUUGGGGUGUGUUAGUAUUGGGAAUGUACAAAGUUGAGCACUUUUACCAGCUUUGUGUGAUCAGAUUCUUCCAAGCAUUCUUUGAAAGUUCAACCUUUACCGGAGUUCAUCUCAUUUUGUCCCAAUGGUACAAAGAGGAAGAAUUGACCAAACGAACGGCGGUAUUCACAUCAUCGGGGCUUAUUGGCAACAUCUUUUCAUCCACCAUGCAAGCCUCCAUUCACACCACUUUGAAUGGUAGAAAUGGGUUACUGGGAUGGAGAUGGUUGUUCAUCAUCGAUUUUAUCAUUACGGUUCCAAUUGUCACGUAUGGAUUCUUCUUUUUCCCUGACACCCCAGCCACUGCCAAAGCCAUCUACUUCACGGAAGAAGAACUCGAAAUUGCCCGGCGUCGGAUGCCUCCCGCCAAAACAGAUGUGUUCAACUGGUCCAUUGUGCGGAGGGUGGUGGGGAGCUGGAAAUGGUACUUGUUCUCGCUCUUAUUUGUGUUUGCUGGAGAAAAUGAAAGUUACUCAACCAACUCGUUGUUUUCGCUCUACCUCACGUAUUUCGGAUAUUCAGUCGAUGCCAGAAACCACUACCCAAUGGGAAUGUAUGCCAUGGGGGUGUUUUUCACGUUUGGGUUCGCCUUAUACGUGGAUGGGACCGGGGCCCGUUAUCACUGGCAUGUGGCGGUAGCUACGGCGGUGAUUAUGAUAAUUCUGACCAUCAUGAUGUUAGCCGCACCUGACAAAAGUAGUGUGAUGUUCGCGGCCCACUAUCUUCUGGGAUGCAGUUAUGCCGGGCAAGCGUCCUACUUUGCGUGGGCUAACGUGGUCUGUGCCAAUGACCUCCAGGAGAGAGCGGUUGUUUUAGCAUCGAUGAAUAUGUUCUCCAAUGCGGUUAAUGCUUGGUGGUCAAUUUUGUUCUACAGUGCGGACACGGCGCCGCACUUCACCAAAGGGUGCUACGCGAUGAUUGCCACCGUGGUGGCCAGUGUAGUGGUGGCGGGGUUAAUUCGGGUUUUCCAGCUUCGUGAUGAACGCAUUGAGCGUCUGCCGGCUGAUGAUGAAAAGCUGGAGCACCUGAUCGGCAAGGAUGGGGUGGUGACGCAAGCGCAAGAAGUCGAAUCGGGUUCGGUGGAGGAGAGUAAGUAG